AUGAUGCAGAGCAACGACAGGAACUGUGGCGUGACGUCACAGGUGCGACACAGGUGUGGCUGGUGCUGCCUCGGUCCUCUAACCUUCCACGUCCAGGCUGUGGGAGACAAGGUGUGUCUGAGCCAUGGCCACCGCCGAGCAGAGAGAAGCAAACACACCAAUAGGAACGGCCUGGUGUUCAGCAGCCGAACAGUGAGGCUUCGGGAGAGGCUUCGCGUGAGAGUGGAGAAGGAUGUGUUGAUCUGGGAGGGGUCUCUGCGUGUGGGCUUCACCAACGUGUCGCCCUCAGGAAGAACUCUUCCUCUGCCCAAUUAUGCCAUCCCCGACCUGACCGGCACGCCCGGGCACUGGGCUGCUGCUAUUCCUGAGUCCUUCUGUCCAGCAGGUUCAGAACUGGACUUCUGGGUUUCUGCUGGUGGCAGCAUAUAUGUCUCAAACUGCGGCACAAAACAAAAGCUGCUGACAGGGGUGGACCUCAGCCGAUCACUGUGGGCCAUGAUUGACAUCUAUGGACAGGCCUACUCCAUUUCCCUCCUGGGCUCAAAGAAGAAAGGACUGAUUUGCAGAAGAUCCUGUCCUGCACCUGAACCUCUCCUCUCAGACAGUGAUGAAGACACAGCCCUCCGCCUCAUGGAAAACUGUGAAGAUCACUGUGUGGUGUGCAUGAUGGAGGCGGCCAGAGUCACUCUGCCUUGCGGUCACCGCUGUUUGUGCUGGAAGUGCAGCACCAAGGUGUCCCAGCAGUUUGGUACCUGCCCGCUGUGCCGACAGGAGAUCUCUCCUCCUCAAGCAGAGGAGGAGAGUUUCUGUCCUUCUCUGAGCUCCAAGACUCCAGACAGAAAUCCCCAGAUGACUGUCUCACACUGA